GAGGGAUUCCUGGAGAAGCUGCAGAGCGGCGAUGCUCUAGACUCUGUUCAGCCCCCCAGUGUCUCUUCGCCGCCUCCUCCCCCUCCUCUCAGCCCGCAGCAACGGCUGAAACUUAACCCCCAACACAAAGCCAGCUCACUGAGAGCAGGGGAGGGGGGGAAACCCAGACCUGCUCUGUGUGGGAGGUUACCCACAGACACGCGCACGCACACGCACACUUCUUGUGUGUGUUGAAGUCUCCCAUCCCAGGGGAGAGAGAGAGAGAGAGCGCGAGCAAGAGAGAUUCUACUAGUCACCGAGGCGAGAACACUGAAGGACAGACUCCUCCUGCUCCUGAUUGUCAGGAAAAAUAACCUGAGUACCGUAGACCUACACUGAUUCAUCCAUCAUUCAAGUUUUCCUUGUGACUAGGAAACAGCAUUGAUGCCAUUAUUAUAAGGUAACUGGCUGACUCUUCUGAUCUUCUUGAUGUUGCGCAACACUGAAAGAUCAAAGUGGUGGUCAUAAUUGUGGCUGCAGAAGAAAUCAUAAACGGAGUUCUGACAGGGGGGAAAAAACAGAGAAGACAAUCAAAUCCACAGUGUGAACAUCGUAGCUUCCCUCAGGACUGACAUGGCAAAGGAGAGCCAACCCCAGGCCCUAGCAGCACUACCAGGUACUACUGUUCCAGCGGCAAUAGUGAACAAUGCCACAGAACCUGCAAUUCCAGGAGGAGGGGGGAAAGGAGGAGCAAAAGAAGAUGCUUUUUCCAAGUUAAAGGAGAAGUUUAUGAAUGAGCUGAACAAAAUUCCCUUGCCACCUUGGGCCUUAAUAGCCAUAGCCAUAGUUGCAGUCCUAUUAAUCCUUACCUGCUGUUUUUGUCUCUGUAAGAAGUGCUUGUUCAAAAAGAAAAACAAGAAGAAGGGCAAGGAAAAAGGAGGCAAGAAUGCGAUUAACAUGAAAGAUGUUAAAGAUUUAGGGAAGAACUUGAAAGAUCAGGCCCUCAAGGAUGAUGAUGCUGAAACUGGGCUGACUGAUGGAGAAGAGAAAGAAGAACAAAAAGAAGAGGAAAAAUUAGGGAAAAUCCAAUAUUCUUUGGAUUAUGACUUUCAGAACAACCAGCUUUUGGUAGGGAUUAUUCAAGCUGCUGAGCUGCCUGCUUUAGAUAUGGGUGGUACUUCUGAUCCCUAUGUGAAAGUUUUUCUACUUCCUGAUAAGAAGAAGAAAUAUGAAACAAAAGUUCACAGGAAAACCCUUAACCCUGUCUUCAAUGAGCAAUUUACAUUCAAGGUGCCGUAUUCUGAACUGGGAGGAAAAACCUUAGUGAUGGCAGUAUACGACUUUGACCGCUUCUCCAAACAUGACAUAAUUGGGGAGUACAAGGUGGCAAUGAACACUGUGGAUUUCGGUCAUGUGACUGAGGAGUGGCGGGAUUUGCAAAGUGCUGAAAAAGAAGAGCAAGAGAAGCUAGGUGACAUCUGCUUCUCUCUCCGCUACGUGCCUACUGCUGGCAAGCUGACUGUUGUUAUCUUAGAAGCAAAGAAUCUGAAGAAGAUGGACGUAGGAGGCUUGUCAGAUCCCUAUGUGAAAAUUCAUCUGAUGCAGAAUGGAAAACGACUGAAGAAGAAGAAAACAACAAUUAAAAAGAACACUCUGAAUCCCUAUUACAACGAGUCUUUCAGCUUUGAAGUACCAUUUGAGCAAAUCCAGAAAGUGCAAGUUGUUGUGACUGUUUUAGACUAUGACAAGAUUGGCAAGAAUGAUGCCAUUGGCAAAGUGUUUGUGGGCUACAACAGCACCGGUGCAGAGCUGCGACAUUGGUCAGACAUGUUGGCCAACCCUCGGCGACCCAUUGCACAGUGGCACACCUUACAGCCAGAGGAAGAGGUAGACGCCAUGCUUGCAGUCAAGAAGUAAAAAGAAAAUGAAAUGAGAAAAGAAGCCUUUCUGCAUUUGCCCAUAUAGUGCUCUUUAGCCAGUCUCUGUAAAUACCUCAGUAAUAUGGGUCCUUUUAUUUCCAGCCAUGCAUCCCUAACACAGAUCGGUGGUACUUCAAAUCUUGUUUUAAUUUGCACAACUUUAAAUGUAGAAAAGCCCUAUAAGGCCCUCCAUCUCACCACUGCCCUCAGAUCUACUCUUCUUUUAAGCAAUAUGUGUAGAUAGAGCAUGACAGAAAUUAUUUAUUGUAUCACACAGUUGUACAUACCAGUAUGCUAAAAAUUUAUUUCUAGUCUGUUUAUUUGUAUGUUGUAAGCGUUUCCUAAUCUGUGUAUAUCUAGAUGUUUUUAAUAAGAUGUUCUAUUUUAAAUUAUGUAAAUUGACUGAGAUAUAGGAGAGCUGAUAAUAUAUUAUAGGGUAACUAACUAUCGUAUCGUCUGCAUUCCAGCAAAAAUUCCAACUUGUAAGGCACUAGUAGUGUUACACUGACAUCUUAAAGGACAACUUAAAUCUGAGCUUUCAACUGGACCAUUAAAAUAUCUCGAUAUGCUCACGUGGCACUCCUUGAAGGGCCAAAUCCCACAGGUAGACUUUUCUCGUGGGCAACUUAGCAUGAUCUGAGCAGCUCUAUGGCUGACCUCAAGGAAGCGUAGCCAGUAUACCAUUUUUUUCUGUAUAUAUUAAAACAAACUGAAAUCAUGGCUUUACACUUAGAAAUUGAAGGUUGCAAUUCCUUGUCGGGGAGGGAGCAUGAAUUAUUAUACAUAGCAACAUAUAAAUUGGAGUGGGGGAGGGCUGUUAAUGAUGGGGGUGAUGGAGGGAAUGCAAUGGUAACAAACCCCUGCAAUUAACCAUGGCAAGCACAUACCUGAAACCCAGUAGCUCUCCGUUAUCACCUUUAUACAAAAAAUGUGCAUAUUGUGAAUCCCAUUUGUGAUCUCACAUGCUCUAAUUCUAAUGAGUUUGCACAUUAGACUUUGUAACAAAAUAUUUUAUUAUACUAAGCCAGAUGAGAAGGAAUGCAGAAUAUUUUUUAAACAAAUCACCGCCGUGUGUGUUUAUUAUACAAAAGUAGUUUCAUGGUGACGAGACAGUAUUGUAAAAUCCCAUCAAAAGAGGACAAAAAUUUAGCCAUAUUUCUGAAUGCACUUCAAAGCAAGCCAAAAGAUAACAGCUAGUGACCUUUUAUAUACUAUUUAUACUUAAUAAGUUUUAAUUUGUCCUUUAAAAAAAGUGAAACAAAACAAAGAACAAGUUCUAGAAAACUGAAGCAACCUCUUAUGUACACUAGAUGCUCGUUUCAGGAGGAGUUUUUAAAUGUUUUCAAUGUUACUAUGUAGUAAAUGGCACUAUUAUGAAGCUAUUAGUCAUUCCAUGAGCGUCUUAAAAGACUGCUGUGUGUAUCACUGUGACUGCCGUGUGUGCUUAGAAACUAGUUUUCUCAGUGGAUAGCAAUCAACUUAUUCCGUAGUGAUAUUGUAAAAAUACUGCCAUUCCCUUCUACUGCACUGCCGAAGGAGUGCAUAGCACAAGCAGUUCUUAUAACUAUGGACCAAUUCAGAACUGAAGAGCUAUGUCUAGGACAAGGGCAUCAUAUAGAAAAGAUUGACCACACAGCAUUUUGUCAACACUGUGCAAUAUUCAACAUCUCCCCCUGUUUUCAUGAUAGAUGGCUGUCCUCCAGAAAAGACAGCCUUUUCUCAGAUUAUAUCAUUUCAUUGUGUCAUGUUGUGGGCAUUACUUUUUCUACUCAGGUCUCUUCCUUGGAGGCUCCUUUUAUUCAUGUAUUUACUUAAAUUGCAUAUUUAUUUAAGAAACUGUGAAUACAUUUAUAAUAUUUUGAAGUACUUGUUCUUUUUCUUUUUUUAAAAGAAGUAUCACUCAGCACCAAAAACAUGGGGAGGGGCUUCUUAGCACCCUUUGGCAGAAAGAGUGGGAUUUCCCCUAGAAUAUACCUUGACAAUGCAACUCUUUUAAACCCCAAAGGUGUCACAAAUAAGUUUUGUUUGACAAAUUCCCCCUUUCUUGGGGCUGUGUGGCUGAAUUUCUCACACACAAAUCCCAAGAAGGGGCAAAUUUAAUACAGAAGUCACAAUGAAAUUUGUGACAACAUAAUCCCCUUGCUGCAUAGCUUUCCAAAAAGACAAGGCCAGCAACAUCUACCACUCUAGUCUUCAUAUUUUCUAUACAAGACAGAAAUGGCACAGCUGAGUCAGAUAAGUGCAUAUUUCAUAUAUAUAUAUAUAUAUAUAUAUAUAUAUAUAUAUAUAUAUAUAUAUAUAUGAGAAAAUGUCCAACAGGAAUACUUUUGUAACCUUUGAUUUUAAAGGACCAAAUCCCACCAAAGAGAAGAGCUCAUCAGGCUUACAGCCUAAAAGGAGAGAGUUUCAGCUCCACUCUAACUUCCUUUAGUUGUUCAUCAUAGCAGGGACAAAAAGCAUGUUGAAAUUUACAGGCUCAAACUGCCAGAACUGAUUCAUUGUGUUAAGGUAUUCUUAAUGCAUUCUCUUUCUACACUGCCAGACUGAAUGUCACCACAGAAUUGGUUGGUAAUGUACUAUGGUUCUCAGCAGAGAGCAGACCUGCUAUUUGACCAAGAUGACAUUUUCAUCCUCAAAGAAACCACAUGUACCUUUCUGACAAAGCUGUGUAAAAUAUUAGAAUCUGAUGCUGUAGAAAGAUCCUAGUUGCCUUUGUGUAUAUUUACUGCCUGCUUGAGUGUUUCUGUGUGUGGGUUUUCUCUGUAUCUUGUAGAAACGUUUGGGGUGUUCUAUCCUGCCAUAUUGCUCGUGGCCCGCGAGCUGACAACUUUAGCUGUAUUUUACAUUCCGUUUUGAUGAGGUGGUUUCUAUUUUGUUUCACUUUUGUGUAGUGAAUCCCACAGUAGAGUUUUUCAGGUGUCGUCAAAAUAAAACAUACAUACUACACAGAUAUUCAAUAAAAAUGUUUUAUUUCCUGUU